AUGAGCAAAAUCCAUUUCGAACGCCUCCUUUUUACCCAAUACCAGCAUCCGGAUUUGGAGAAGGCCAAGCGCUUCUUUGAGGAUUUUGGCCUCGUUGUGGCUAACAAAAGUAAUGAUAAGAUAUACUUCCGUGGGUUUGGCGACAGCCCCUACGUCUAUAUUGCGGAGCAGUCACCGGACGAUCGUCGCCAUUUCAUCGGAGGAGGAUGGGUCGUUGCCUCGCGUGGCGACCUUUUGAAAGCCUUGGAGCUGGAAAAUUCAUCUCCCAUACAGUGGCUGGAUGCACCCGGUGGUGGUGAAUUUGUCGAUAUUAAAGACCCCAAUGGCAUCAACAUUCGUUUGAUUCAUGGUAUCACCUAUCGAAGUAUUGAAUCUCUGAAGGACGAAACACCCGAGCCAGUCAUCUUCAAUACGUGGUCCGAGAAGCCCCGUCGUGGAGAGUUCCAGCGGUUUGAUGGUGGUCCUAGCAAAGUUCAUAAACUUGGUCACUAUGGACUCAUCGUUGAUAAGAGCCAAUUCGAGAAAACUGUCUCCUGGUACCUUCACACAUUCAAUCUUCUUGAGACUGACUCUCUCUACGACGAAGAGUCGGGGAAGAACAUGAUGACCUUUAUGCAUAUCGAUAAAGGCGAUGAGUUUACGGAUCAUCAUAGCUUUUUUAUUCAAGCACCUCCUCACCCAGUUGAGUUCUGUGUACCACAUCACUCGAGUUUUGAGGUCGAUGAUAUGGAUACACAGCUUCUUGGACACUACCACCUGGAGAAGAAAGGUUGGACAAACUGCUGGGGUGUCGGUAGACACCUUCUGGGAAGCCAAAUAUUUGAUUACUGGUUUGACUGCUCUGGAAACAUCGUCGAGCACUAUUCUGACGGCGACAUGGUGAACCGUCAAACCAGGGUGACGAGAGAGCGUGCAGCCGAAGAUACAAUGGCCGUCUGGGGUCCAAAUGUGACAUUGGCAUUUCUGACUGGAAGGAUUGAAGAUUUGAAAAAAGAAACUGCUUGA